ACCGGAAGUGGAGCCCGGCGCAUGCGCAGGCAGCCGCACGGCCCGUCCAGAGGCUGAGGGGCGUACCCGUGGGGUGGGGAGUACCCGGCACCCCAGAUCCGCGCCAUGGGCCGCAGGAGGGCAUCGCGCGGGCCGGGGGCGGAAGGCGGCCGCCCUCGGCACCUCCCGACCCGCUCCCUGGAGGCUUUCGCCGAGGAGGUCGGCGCCGCGCUGCAAGCUUCCGUGGAGCCAGGGGCGGCUGAGGGCGAGGGCGGCCCGGGCCCGGCGGCCCUGCCCUGCACGCUGGCCAUGUGGGAGUUGGGCCACUGCGACCCCCGGCGCUGCACCGGCCGCAAGCUGGCCCGCCUGGGGCUGGUGCGCUGCCUGCGCCUGGGCCACAGGUUCGGCGGUCUGGUGCUCAGCCCCGUGGGCAAGCAGUACGUGUCCCCCGCAGACAGACAGCUGGUGGCUCAGUCUGGGGUCGCCGUCAUCGACUGCUCCUGGGCCAGGCUGGACGAGACGCCGUUUGGGAAGAUGCGAGGUAGCCACUUGCGCCUGCUGCCGUACCUGGUGGCUGCCAACCCCGUGAACUAUGGCCGGCCGUGCAAACUUUCCUGUGUAGAAGCUUUUGCUGCCACCUUCUGCAUCGUAGGCUUUCCGGACCUCGCUGUCAUUUUGCUGCGGAAGUUUAAAUGGGGCAAGGGCUUCUUGGACCUGAACCGCCAGCUCCUGGACAAGUACGCGGCCUGCGGCGGCCCGGAGGAGGUGCUGCAGGCAGAACAGGAGUUCUUAGCCAGUGCCAAGGACAGCCCCCAGGAGGAGGAGAUUGAUCCCUUCGAUGUGGAUUCAGGGAGAGAGUCUGGAAACCCCAACAGGCCUGUGCCCAGCACCCGGCUGCCCUCGGACACUGAUGACAGUGAUGCGUCUGAGGACCCAGGACCUGGCGCCGAGCAUGGAGGAACCAGCAGCAGCUGCCCUGAAGAGGAGCAGACUCAGGGACAGGGGGCUGAAGCCAGGGCCCCGGCCGAGGUUUGGAAAGGAAUCAAGAAGCGGCAGAGAGACUGAGGGUUGCAGACACAUAAAUAUAUAUUUGAGGCUGGGUAACGAGAAAAUCUAGAGACACGAGGGACAUAGAUGGGCCUGGCAGUCUUGGCUCCUCGUGGCUGCUGGCAGGACUGAGCUGUCCAGGUUCUCUCUGCACUUCCAGCACAGCUGUGCUCUGCAUUCUGCCUCAGCGCUCUCGCAAUGAAGCUGCAGGCCA